AAAAAAAAAAAAAAAAAUCAUUUUUAGGUCCUAUUGUUCUACAUACUCUGUUUACACAAGAAGCAUAUAUGAAUGUACUUCAGAAAUUGCAACAGCAAGGUGUCUUUGUAGCCUAAUCUCCUAUGAGUAAUCAAUUGAGAGUACUUUCUCUCGUAAUUCUUUUCUUCUUCUUCCAUGUCAAAGCUCAAAGUCCAUCGAACCCGAGUUCCUAUUCAGGUGUCCUCAAACCACUCCGUCCAAGUCUUGCAGUGGUCGUUGGCAUAACCUCAAUCAUGCUUUCUGUAACAUUUCUUGUUCUUGCUUAUGCAAAAUUCUGUCGUAGAAACAGAAAUGAUCAUAGCGACAGAGAUAACCAACAUUUGAAUGCUCUUAUUCGGUCAAGGUCAAGAUUUUCAGGCAUUGAUCGAGCUGUAAUCGAUUCACUUCCUUUCUUCAGGUUUUCUUCACUAAAAGGAUCAAAACAAGGCUUAGAGUGUUCAGUUUGCUUAUCAAGAUUCGAAGAAACCGAAAUUCUUCGAUUAUUACCUAAAUGCAAGCAUGCCUUUCACCAGAACUGCAUCGACCAAUGGCUUGAAAGUCACUCUAGUUGCCCUCUUUGCAGGUACAAAUUCGACCCUGACAACGAUCUCAAGAGUUUCAGCUAUUCUAAUAGAGACUUGCAGUACCGUAAUCCUUCAAAUUUAACUGAUGAUCCAAAUCUUGAACUUUUUAUUCAAAGAGAGGAAGAUUACCGUCACAGCUCAUCAAGAUUUAAUCUUGUAAGCAGCUCUCGAGGCAGCAGCAACAAACAAGAAUUGUUACUUGCUGAUCAGGAAAGUGAUAAUUAUAAUAACCAGCAGUUCUUGCAUAAAUUGAAGCACAAAAUUAUCGUCUCUGAUGUUAUUAUCAAGAACCGGUGGAGUGAUGUUAACUCUUCGGAUUUGCUUUCUUUAAACUCAGAAAUGCUUAGUGCUAUUUCAAGCAACAGAUUUUCCAAUUCAAGAUUCUAUAACAGUAGUAUUCUGUCAAUGAAUGAAGAUAUAGAAAAGAUCAAAGAAGACAUAUUGGAGAGGAAAAGAUUGUAUCACUCCAAGAUUUGUAGCAGUGAAAGAAGUAAUUCUUUUUCAAGUUCAUAUAAGGAGGAAACAUAUUCGAAAAUAAUCAAUCAUGGAGAGAAGAGAUCAAUGUCUGAAAUUACAAUUUGUUCAAGAUUUAAAGAGUUAAAUACGAAGAGUAAUAAAAGCAAAGAAUUGGAAAUAUUGCCAAGGAAUAGUGAUAAUAAGGAAGAUGAGAAAAGGAGGCUUUGGUUACCUAUAGUAAGAAGAACAGUUCAAUGGUUUGCAGGUGAAGAAGGAAAGUACAAAAGACAAACAUCAAAUGUGUGAUGAUGAUCUUAAUUAGCUUCAAAUUUUGUAAGGUUUUUGAAUUUCUUAAUGUUGCUUAUAUAUUACAAAUAUUGUUAAAAUAUUUCAAUUUUUGGGAUCUUUGUAA